ACAUUCCUACCGAUUACAAAGAGAGAGGACUAUAUAAUGAUGCCCAGGGCCAGAAGAAGGUCUGCAAAUUCAAACGUGAAUGGCUGGAAAACUGUUCUGGAAUAAAUGAUCCUACCUUUGGGUACGGUUAUGGCAAACCAUGCAUCCUCAUCAAGCUCAACAGAAUUAUCGGCUUCAAACCUAAGGUUCUGGCAAAUGCGACCCUCCCUUCAGAGAUUAUGGCAAAAUACCACCCACAUCUCAUCCCUGUCCACUGCGCUGCCAAGCGAGACGAGGAUGCAGACAAAAUAGGCACAGUGGAGUACUAUGGGAUGGGCGGCUACCCUGGCUUUGGCCUGCAGUACUAUCCCUACUAUGGGAAGCUCCUGCAGCCGCGGUACCUGCAGCCGCUGGUGGCAGUGCAGUUCACCAACCUGACCUAUGACAUGGAGGUGCGCGUGGAAUGCAAGGCCUACGGGCAGAACAUCCAGUACAGCGACAAAGACCGCUUCCAGGGACGCUUUGAUAUUAAAUUUGACAUAAAAAGCAGCUGAUUGUAAGCACAACUCUGUCCUCCCCCUCCCCCCUCCUCCUAGCCAUUUAAAAAGGUUAAAAAAAAAAAGAAAAAAAAAGAACAAAAAAGAAAACCUACUAGUCUUGAACAAACUGUCAUACGUAUGGGACCUACACGUAAUCUAUAUGCUUUACACUAGCUUUCUGCAUUUACUAGGUUAGAAUGUAAACAAAGUGUAGCAAUAGCGACAAAUAUUUAUUCUACUGUAAAUGACAAAAGAAGAUGAAAUUGAGCCUUGGGACAUGCCCAUUUUUACUGUAAAUUAUGAUUCCAUAACUGACUUGUAGUAAGCAGUGUUUCUGGCCCCUAAGUAUUGCUGCCUUGUGUAUUUUAUUUAGUGUACAGUACUAUAGGUGCAUACUCUGGUCAUUUUUCAAGCCAUGUAUUGUAUCUGUUUUCUACUUCUCGUGAGCAAAGACUUUUGCUGUCCAAGGUGUAAAUACUCAAUGGGACUAGAACUGGCAUGAUAACUUCUCAUCAUUUUGUUCCUUUUCCAAGAAAGGCCCACCUGUGAGACUCUGUUUAACAGCACUCCAUAAGGCUUCUGACUCUUCUGUGGUGGUAGGGUAUUUUAUUUGGAGGGGUGGCAGGGGAACUAACUGAAGUGACACUAAAGAGACAUUUGUGUCUCGUACUGUGCUCGGUAGCGAGUGCUGUCUCUCCACCUCUUCCCACAUCCUCCAGUAUGUUGUGUGAGAGACUGGGUCACGCUAUCGCUCUCCUCAGUGAUAGGCAUAACUCUUUGCUUUGUAUAUUUUCUUUUUCUUCUUUUUUUCUUUUCCUGCUGGAGGCAUCGCACACUGUGGUGCUAAUGUCUUUAUUGAAUGUUUUAACCAUUUUCAUGGUGGAAGAAUUUUAUAUUUAUGCAGUUGUACAAUUUUAUUUUUUCUGCAAGAAAGUGUAAUGUAUGAAAUAAACCAAAGUCACAUGUUUGAAAAUAAAUCUUUAUUUUAAACUUUAUAAAAGCAAUGCAGUACCCCAUAGAAUGGUGUUAAAUGUCGUCUAAAGUGCAAAACUCUAUGUUCUAACAUGUAAUAAUAGCCAGGAGUACAGUGCUCUUGUUGAUCUUGUAUUUCAGUCAGGUUGAAACAUUGGACAAAUAAAUAAAUGAACACAC